AUGACCGGGCAAUCGAAGCCUGUCAUUUCGCCAUGGGGAGGCGCUGUCGCGGGCGCGACCGGUGCUGUCCUUGCCAAUGCCCUCGUGUAUCCCCUCGACAUUGUCAAGACAAAGCUCCAGGUUCAAGAACCACCAAAGCCCGGUGCCGCCGCCAGCGAUAAGGAUACGCCGCAUUAUUCCUCAACUUGGGAUGCCGUUUCGAGAAUUCUCAAAGACGAAGGCGUUGAGGGUCUUUACACUGGUAUGGGCGGAUCCUUACUCGGUGUUGCCUCCACCAACUUCGCGUAUUUCUACUGGUACACAAUCGUCCGCUCGGUAUACGCCAGCUACAGCAAGAGCAUUGCCGCCAAUUCAACCGCUACCGAGCUGUCUCUAGGUGCCGUUGCUGGUGCCCUCGCCCAGCUUUUCACAAUCCCCGUCGCCGUUGUAACGACUAGACAGCAGACUGCCAGCAAGAUCGAUCGCAGAGGACUGCUUGCUACCGCUAAGGAAGUCAUCGAGGGCCCAGAUGGCGUAAGCGGUCUCUGGAGAGGAUUGAAAGCCAGUCUGGUUCUGGUGAUCAACCCAGCCAUCACAUAUGGCGCCUACGAGCGUCUCAGAGAGACUUUUUGCCCCGGCAGGACUAGCAUCAAGCCUUGGGAGGCCUUCCUUCUCGGUGCAACUUCUAAGGCACUGGCAACCAUUGCUACACAGCCCCUCAUUGUCGCCAAGGUCGGUUUGCAGUCCAAGCCUCCCGCGUCGAGGAACGGAAAGCCGUUCAAGAGUUUCGGGGAGGUAAUGGCUUUCAUCGUGAAAAACGAAGGUCUGCUUGGUCUCUUUAAGGGCAUCGGACCUCAGAUUAUGAAGGGAUUCUUGGUGCAAGGAAUCCUCAUGAUGACCAAAGAAAGAGUCGAGCUGCUUUUUGUCCUUUUCUUCCGAUGGCUUGCGAAUCUUCGUUCGAAAAAGGUACCACAAGCCGCCGCCGCUAUCACUAGUCAAGCGGCGACAAGCGCAACAUUGCUUACCACCAAGUAG